AUGAAACCUUCCCUUGGCGAAAAAGAUUUCCAAAAUGGGUUAUUCGAAUUAAAUGAACUUCCCACCCUUUACGUUUCAGAAGACCUAUUAUGGAUUAAUUCUAGUGACAGGUUACCAGAUUACGCGUAUGUUACAGGAAGUUCUUGA